AUGCAGGGUGCACGUAUUUGGUUGCCCAACAUCGAAGGAUUUUUUACGUCUUUGGGUAGGCUACUGGAAAGUGCAGAAGGGCAAAGGAACACUGCGUCGUACGACUCUGCUGAAUUUUUUAUUCGCCGUUUGCGAGAAAACAAAAGAACUCUUGUCACUUUGGCUCUAAGAAUAGAAGAAGCCUUCCCAAAUGAAGUUGAGGUGAUCUCUGAUCUAAACGAACUUGUUUUUAUUAUGAACGAACUUUCAAGGGACUUUGACAGAAUUGUCGAGGACUCGGAACGUUCUACCUUUAGUGCACCAGCGUCCCUAGACGACUGUCUUUCAGCUGUGGCGAGGAACGGUUUAGUUGGCAGACCAAGGCUACAGAUCUUACAGGAACAGCUGCAAACUCUGCACAAUGACGCCAGUUUUCGUUGGGCUGAUAUCGGAAGAAUUCUUGGAAUCUCCGAGAGAACUUUGCACUGUCGAAGACAUGAAUUUGGGUUGCCAGUUGGUGUGGGGGAGGAUUUCAGUGAUGUUUCCAACGAUGACCUUGACGAGCACGUGAGGGAAAUUCUUGAAGUGACACCAAGUGCUGGUCAACACCUGGUUGAAGGGGGCUUGAGGCAGAGAGGCUUACGAAUCCAGCGCCAUCGUAUUCAGGAGUCUAUUCGAAGAGUGGAUCCAGUUGUUAGCACUUUAAGAGCAGCACAGCAGAUAAUUCGUAGAGUGUACAGUGUGCCAUGCCCCAAUGCGUUAUGGUAAAGUAAAAGAAUACAUUACCUCUUUUAUAACGAGUCUCUGUUUCACGGGGUUCUCCAUGUUUAACAGGCCCCCUUUCACAAUAGACCCACCCCUCUUUUCAAAACAGUCAGGCACUUAAUUAUUUCUCUAAGGGCAACACCCGCCCAUAGGCGUACGGGCCAGGGGGGCGAGGGGGGCUGCAGGCCCCCCAAAGUUUGGGCAACUCAGAUUUUUUGGGCAGCAAGAGAAAAUUUGGGCAAAGCCAGUUUUUAAAGACGUUUCCACGUUUUAUUAUUAUUAUUAUUAUUUUGAAGAGAUAAAUAUUUUCUAUUUUAACCAGAGGUUGGCGUAAUAAUUCAGUUACGUUCACACGAGACAGUGUUUGCCUAGCACGUGAUGAGUUUCUGGUUAUAAGGGAAGGGUAUCAUAUGCUGAUUUUUUGCUUUGUUGGGCACUGUACUGCACUGUACUAGCAGGAGUGGGCUAUUUCCAGUCAUGAAUUGAUUAGAAUAAACUUCCGCAUAACUUUCUAGAAUCACCUCUGCUCCUAGAACAGUGUGUGGCAGAACACGCAUCAGCAAUGGGUCUGAAAGUGAAGUGGCUGACUAAUUCUCAGCUUGAAUUAUAGACUGCAAAACAGUCGGUUUUUUUCUCAAAAUCAGUAAAAGAAAUCGGUAAAGCGUGGCGUAAGAGUCUUACGCGCGCAAAGCGCGCGAGCCUCACACGCCCUACGGGCGUGUGAGGCGAGAGAAAAAAACCGACUGUCCGUUUUCCAUACAAUGAGUUCGUUCCGACCAGGGGGUUCAAAAAUGUCGUCGAGCUGUCAAAAAUCUGUUCGCAACUCCGCCCUCUUUGUGAAUUUGAUAGACUCGUGUGUUAUUAUUGACGCUGUAAUCCAGUAAUUCUAAAGCAGCUUUUAGCGUUGCUUUCCUGUGAAAUGUAGUGUAUAUAGUGAAAUGUAGUAUAUAUAGUGGAGGAUCAAAGUUGAGUGGAAGUGGCAGUACGACAACAAAGCCUGUGCCUGCUCCUCGAAGAGGGAGAAAGCCGAAAGAGCCGAGGGCUUUGGACAAAUUGUAGAAUGUGCGGCUGUUGUUUCAAAACACAGUUCGGCAAUUUUACGAAUGGAUGGAUAAGCUCGGAAAAUGCGUUUGUAGCGCCUACCAGAAAAAGGGAAACGUUACCAAAGUGGGCCGACCUACUGAAAAACGAACUUUUCGUUGUCCUCGAGGAAGGAGAAUCUUUCUCCACAAGAGCAGUUUGCUCUCCGUGCGGAACAACGGUUAGAAAUUGCCCAGGGAAACUGCACGGCGAUGCUUUCGCAAAUUAGAGAAGAACUGAACACGCCAACUGACAAUGAACAAUUAUUGCGAUUGAAAAGAAUGAGCAAAUCCCCUCAUUCCAAACCUUGUCGUGGUGAUUUAGCUCUGUAAAUUACUAUCUGUGAGAAUUUAAAAUCCUGCCAAAAACGCUAACGAGCUGGGCCCAGCGUGACAAAACAUUGCAGGAAAAAGUCACAUUCACAGACACAAAGAAAAUCGCUUAAAAUUAUUCAAAUCCAGGAGGCACUUUGGAGAAAUAAAACAACCUAGAACCCUUAAUCAGCCGCAAUGAAGAGCUUUACAUUUCUAAAGGGGCCAAAAAAGAAAAUGCUCUUGCGUCAGAGGGCAAAUCAUGCCUACCAGAGAAAAUCAAUAUGCGUGUCACGACCUCUCAGUAUGAAAUAUAUUUAAUAAGCGGCCAAAAUUCACAUUUGCUCAGUCAAAACGUUUUCCUCCAAACCAUAAUCUACUCGACAGAGAAAACAAUUCAUUGGAACAAGCGGCAUGUUUGCAUGAGGUAAAAGUCGUGUGUUUCCUACCGAUCGCUUUAAUAGCCAGGCGAGAUAACAAUGACGGUCGGCCGUUGCACGGAACUUGAAGAACUCUUUGCAUGAACAAACAUCUGAUAAAUAAGGCUUUUGUCAAAUCCUGUUGGUAAAACACAGAAAACAUCCUUUCCCCUGAGUAGCAACUCCAAAGCUUCCCUCUGCUCCGAUUUUAAAACAAAUCCCAAUUCUUGCGAGCAAAUCCAGGCGAUCAACAUCUGUCAUUUUACAGCGAAAGCUUUAGCAAUUCAUCACGGUAUGGAACAACGUGAAUGACAUGUUGAAAACAUUACUUGACAGCUUGGUGACAGCUCGCAUCGAAAUUUAGCCAAUGGGAAUUGCCCGUGGCUGGGAGAAGCGGGUAAUUCGAACGAAUAUAACGUAUGCAAAACGGACAGUCGGUAUUUUUAGCGUCUUUCCCCAGUCUCGCUCUCUGUUUUCAGCCUCAUUCCAGACCUUUUGUGUGACUGCUCGCGCGUACUUGAAUACGCAAAAAUACGGACUGUUUUGCAGUCUACUUGAAUUACGAGAAGAAUCAUAAUUUUCUUAAAAAAAUCUAUCGAGGGGUUUAAAAAUUAUUCACUAAUUUGUUUAAGUAGACCGAAAUGUUUACGAAACCCCUAACAAGAUCGAGCGCUAAUCAAAUCCUUCCUUAUAGCAAUUGGCAGGAGCUAUCUCCAUGAUCUUUCAAACACGUUUUUAAUAAGAUUGAAACUACUGUGAGGUGAAAUUGCAUGUCAAAAGCGCUCCGUUUUCUUCAGAUUACGACUAAACAUCAACAUUUUCCCUUUUUACCUUAUUUCUAACAAUAAAAACUUCAUCCCAAAAUAUCUCGAUAACGCUCUUACAGUUCCGUUUUAACUUCACGAACAUUGAGGCGACUAUUGGAGGAAAGAGCUCCCCUGAAAGAUUUUGUAGGAACAGUUCCCAGUGAGAAAUAUUGCUGCAAGUAUAAUAGGUAAUGGCGUCAUGUCGUUGCUAUGACAGCUCCGAUGUCAUUGCAAUCCUGAUCAUGACAAAUUUCCCUCUUUAUCUAAUGCAACUGUGGAGGGAAUUUUUUCCAAAUGCUUGUUUGUGGCGACGUAGUUUAUGCUCAAACUUGGCAGGUAUUGACUCUGAAAAACUUUAUCGAGCCACUUUCAUAUGCCAGUAAUUUUGUUGCAUGGCCCUAGUUUCCUUUCGACUGUUUUGUAAAAAUUUGGGCAACUUGCAACAAUUUUUUGGGCAAAUGGAUUACCGCCCCCCCUGGCAAAAAAUUGCCCGUACGCCUAUGCACCCGCCGGAGAGGAGGAUUCCCAUUUAAAAAGGGAGGGGGGUUCUCUUCAAUCGUUUUAGGGUUUAAAAAUGCGGGUUUGGUACCUCUCAGGGUGUUCAGCCUCAAACGGUCCAUUGGGAGAGCUUUUGCAGUUUCUUUUAGGGUAUUGAGCCGAAAAAAAAAAUGACAGUUAGGAGAUAAUGUGUUGUUUCAGAAUUGUUACCUCUCAGGGAUGAAAAACAUUUCAAGCUACGCACACAAAUCAGGAUCCUGGUACCUCUAAGGGGUUCUUUUAAAAAUUUCCGACGAGCACUCCUGUUCUUUUUAUAUGAGAGUCCUCCCUCCCCUCUCAGCAGCAACACCGGUGUUAAAUCCAUGAUACAAGAGAGGCGAGGCUGUAAUUUUGAUGCAUGAGCAUUAAUGCCAAUUCAAAUUCUGAUAUAUCUCAUGCUUUGAAAUACCUCCCCCAAUUCUAUUUGGACUCCUCACUAGUCACCCUAACCCAGCUUUCCAGCCCCCAUCUUCCCCCGAUAUUAUGCUGAAAAUUCCUGACUAUCAUCAUACCUGUUAUUCAUGGUCAACAAAUGCCUCUUGUUGCUGUCAUGAUUAUUACUAUUUUAUUUGUUGUUGUUGUUAUUAUUAUUAUUAUUAUUAUUAUUUAUCAUUACCAAUAUUACUCAUGUAAGCAGAUUUUUAAACUUCUUUUACCUAUUUUAACCUAACCUACAUGUGAUAGUGCAGUGUAACAAUCUCUGUUGUGUCCAACGGGCACAUUGAUGGCAAUCACAAACUAAUCCAGCCAUACUGA